CAGCUGCCAUGCGGAGAAGGAGAAGCUCCCUGUGACCCAGCAGAAAACUGAACUGUGGUGCAAGGACGCCUGCAAUGUCGAAAAGUCUGCUCUACACCAGAAAAUUCUCAAGUGUACUGGAGAACGGCAGUUGCCUUUACAAGUUACCCUCUACAUCAGGAAAUCUGAAAAAAUGGGAUUUUUACAUCUCUCCAGCCAGCACUGAAAACGAAUGGGGAUUGAAUUGCUUUGCCUCUGUUUCCUAUUUCUGCAAAGAAAUAACUAUGUGCAAGGGACUUGUUCUCAGGAAAGCGUAGUGACUUGUGAAGAUUGUUUGCUUUCUGGACCACACUGCGCUUGGUGUUUUCAAGAGAAUUACACAGACUCAGAUGGAAUUCAUGGGAGGUGUGAUACCCCAGAAAGCUUAUUGUCAAAAGGAUGCCAGUUGGAUUUGAUUGAAUUUCCCAUUUCAGAAGUAGAAAUUCACAGAAACAAGCCUCUAACUGUAGCGACCCAGAAAAACAAUUCUGAUGUCACACAAAUUUCUCCUCAAAAAUUAACUCUCAGGCUUCGACCAGGACAUGAAGAAACAAUACAGAUCAAGGUUCACCAAACCGAAGAUUAUCCAAUUGAUCUCUAUUACCUCAUGGAUCUUUCAGCCUCCAUGGAUGAUGAUCUGAAUACAAUCAAAGAACUGGGUUCAACUCUUUCUAAAGAAAUGUCAAAACUGACAAGCAACUUUAGACUGGGGUUUGGAUCUUUUGUUGAAAAACCAGUUUCACCAUUUAUCAAAACUACAGCUGCAGAAAUAAACAACCCUUGCAGAAGUGUACCAUAUGAGUGCUUACCCACCUUUGGAUACAAACAUGUUUUGCCAUUAACAAAUGAUGCUGAAAAAUUCAAUGAAAUUGUGAAAGGACAGCGAAUCUCUGCUAAUAUAGACACGCCAGAGGGAGGAUUCGAUGCAAUUAUGCAGGCAGCUGUUUGCAAGGAAAAAAUUGGAUGGAGGAAUGAUUCUCUACAUUUGCUGGUGUUUGUGAGUGAUGCUGAUUCCCAUUUUGGGAUGGACAGUAAACUGGCAGGGAUUGUUAUUCCUAAUGAUGGAAACUGUCAUUUGGACCACAAUAAUGAAUAUUCCAUGUCAACUGUUCUGGAGUAUCCCACAAUUGGACAAUUAAUUGACAAACUUGUGCAAAACAAUGUUCUAUUAAUUUUUGCUGUAACAAACGAGCAAGUUCACAUAUAUGAGAACUAUGCAAAACUUAUUCCUGGAGCUACUGUUGGACGACUACAGAAGGAUUCUGGAAAUAUUCUCCAGUUGAUCAUUGCUGCAUAUCAGGAGCUGAGGUCUGAGGUCGAGCUGGAGAUCUUGGGAGAGACAGAAGGGCUCAAUCUCUCUUUCACAGCCAUCUGUAACAAUGGGACCUUUUUUCCACAUCAGAGGAAAUGCUCUCGUGUGAAAGUGGGAGACACAGUCUCUUUCAAUGUGACUGUAAGUCUCUCCUCUUGUGAAAAAACCAGAAGGCAUAUUGUCAUAAAACCAGUGGGGCUCAGUGACACGCUGGAAAUGGAAAUUUAUCCCCAGUGCAGCUGUAACUGUCAGGCAAAGGCGGAGCUGAGCAGCCCAAAAUGCAACAAAGGGAAAGGAUCGUUCGCGUGCGGGGUGUGCGUCUGCAGCCCGGGGUACGUGGGGCCGCGCUGCGAAUGCGACGAGAGCUCCGUGGGCGCCGGCUCCUGCAAGGGCUCGGCCGAGCAGAGCUCCUGCAGCGGGCGAGGUGACUGCUACUGCGGGCAGUGCGUGUGCCACCCGUCCCUCUACGGAAAGGUGUACGGGCCGCGCUGCGAAUGCGACGACUUCUCGUGCGUGAGGCACAGAGGGCUCCCGUGUGGAGGCAAUGGUGACUGUGAUUGUGGGGAAUGCAUGUGCCACAGUGGAUGGACUGGUGAAUACUGUAAUUGCACAACUGACAUCAGCUCCUGCAUUGCUGAGGAUGGGACACUGUGCAGUGGGAGAGGCGAAUGCGUCUGUGGGUCGUGUGCUUGCACCCAUCCGGGGGCUUCAGGCCAGAUGUGUGAAAAAUGCCCUCUCUGCAGUGACCCUUGCAGUUCCAGGCGGAGCUGUGUGGAAUGUCACUUGGCUUCCGAUGACAAGUCACCGGGAGAAUGCAGUGAAAAAUGCAAAUUGGUUGAUGCAACUGUCAGCACCUCAAAGGAUUAUUCAGAGGAUAAAUCCAUUCCCUGCUCUUUGCAGGGGGAAAAUGAAUGUAUAACCACAUUUCUACUUACUAUGGAUGAACAGGGAAGGACACUCAUUCAUAACAUAGAACAGAAAGACUGUCCACAACUUCCAAAUAUUCCAAUGAUAAUGGUGGGUGUCACCCUUGCUAUCCUUCUCAUUGGCAUUGUUUUACUUUGUAUAUGGAAAUUACUGGUGUCAGUUCAAGACCGAAAAGAGGUGGCCAAGUUUGAAGCAGAAAAAUCUAAAGUUAAAUGGCAAACGGAAACAAAUCCACUGUACAGAGGCUCAACAACCACUUUUAAAAAUGUAACUUACAAGAACCAAGAAAAGCAAAAAGGGACCAUGGCUGCAGAUUUCUAUUAGCACCUCUGACACUACAAACUUAGUUUUACUGGCAGGAAAUCUAAAAACACUUGUUUCUUCUCAGCUGAGCAUAUGGUAUUUGUACGUUGCAGUGGUAUAAUCAUUCUGUUAGAGAAAAUAUAUCUUGUGUUGGGAAAACUAUAGAUAACAUAUUAGUGGUAAAGGUUAGUAGAAAUAUUAAAAAAAACCCUUUAAUAUUAAAAUCCCCAUCUUUGAAAAAAAAUCACAAACCUUUUUUUCUCAUUAAUACUGAGAAUGCAAAGUUAUCAUAUGUAAGCCUAUUUUUUGUGAAAUUAGGUAUAUACAGUGAGCUGUAUAUUACUUUGUUCAUACACACAAUCCCAUAUAUUUGUGUUUAGGAAUGUAUUUGUCCCUGUCUAUUUAGUGGGCUGGUUUAAAUUUUAAAAAAUAAUUUUUUCAUGAACGCUGCCUCAACUACUGGGUUUAGAGGUUCCUCGUAUCACCUGUGUGACUGAAUAACUUUUUAUCAGAAACAUGUAGUGUUAUUGUUUAUCUUCUGUGUAUCUAAGGUAUACAGAAACAUCUCCUCUCUAAUUCCUCUGUCUUGUUUCCCUCUUCCCUUAUCCUUGGUACUGUUUGAUGUUCUUUAAGAACCCAGUCCCUGGGUUAACUCAGGGAAAACUAAAUCAAGCCGUUAUUCACUUGCAGAGUUGUUUUCUGUUCCAGGCAUAGACUGCAUUUGUUUGUUUGUUUUCAAUCUUUCCUUUAAAUUCUAGAAGAGAGGAUCCAGAGCGAGAGGCAUAUUUGUAAAUUAGAGACCUCGGUAGAGAAACUUUAAACCAGAAUAUUACCAGAACUCCAUUUCACCAUUUACAUCCUGUUUAGACACUCAAAAUAAACCUCUCACGCUGGACCAUUACAUGAACUGUUGCAGGAGCCCUUUACAUGCAGGAAAAGUUCACACACAAGGACCCAAUAUCACAUACAAGACAGUACUCUUUUGUUGAUAUAUCCAAAAUUGUGAGGUUCUUUCAGUGCCCAGAAGUCAAACCAUUUAUUCAUGUGUGAAAUCAUGUAUUCAGCUCUUUUGGGCUGUUUUUUUUUGGUUUAGUUUGGUUUUGGUUUUUUGUUUUUUGGGUUCUUUUUUCAAACUAAGCAAUAAAUAGACCUAUGGAUUACACUUCAUAUUCAUUUCCAUGACAUUAAUGAGGAUUUUAAAAUCUCAGUUUUAGCUAAUUACUAAUGAUUUCCCAUAAAUUCUUAAAUUGUAAUGCUGUUAUUAGGCAUUGCACUAAGAAAAAAAAGCCCCAACAAAAUCACCUAACAUGCUAGCAUAAACAGUUACAACAUUGGGCUAUUUUAAGCUAAUAAUAAUGUACUUUACUUUUUAAUAUUACUUUUCUUCUGCAUUGUUUAGCAUUCUGGAACAGAUGAUCAAAAUGCACAUAUGAAUGCACUUAAAAAAGAAGACUUAGAAAUCAAAGGUACAUUGACACAGUCACAGACAAAUAAUUACAUACAUUCCCUAUGAUAAACCAUGUACUUGAUCAAACAAACUUGAUGCCCAUUUUGUAAUAAAUAUUUACAAAUUCUGUGCAACUUCAGUCGCUAUAUCCUCUGCAAUUCCUGGAUACAAGACUGAUAUAUUAGCUAUCUCUGACCCAUGCCUGUUUUAGGGCCUGAUCCAAAGCCUACUGGAGUCAAUGGCUGCAGAUAAGGAUCUAGUUUCAGUGAAACUAUUAGUUUUGGUUUACAAAGAUUGUUUUGUUUAAACAAACUGGUUGAUAUUGUCUGUUAGUGGAUUAGAAUCUAUAGUAUAUAUUUCUGUGCAAAGAGAAAUAAACAGUAUCAGAUGCCUUUGGGAAGAAGGUGACUGCUAUAACUACAUACUAACUCCAAAAUUAUUGCAGUGUGAGGGAAAUGAUGGCUGUCAUUAAAUGGGAACAGAUUAAUUACAGGUUCACAUCUGCAUUCUUCAGUAGACUUGUAUAUCUCAUAGUGGAAGCUGUGCACAGCCAAAGGCUUGCAUCUGUGGCCCUUCCAGCCUCUAGACUCCCACAGGUGUCAGUGCGAGUUACAUGUGGAACCAAAUCCCGUUUCCCUGGUACCCAGAUAACUGCACGGCAAGCAAAGCUGGUUGCUGGAUUCUGUCUCAGAUUCUACUUGGGUCAGGAUUGCCUAAGUGACUAGGGAAAUCUGGAUUUAGCCCAUGUAAAUUAUCUGUUACGCUUUUGUUUUUCAUGUAGAAGUCAUCAAAUGACAAACUUUCUCUGAGAGUAAAAUAUUUGUAUUACUUUUAAAGUAAUAAAAAUCUAUACUGUUUAUUAAAUACCUUUUAAAUUCUGUUUCUGAGAAGGAUGAUUCUGCUGCUUGAUAUUAGGGUUGAAAGCCCUUCUUCUGUAGGUCACCCAUUUCAAUACUGAAAUACAUUUCAGUAUUCAAAUGUUAUUAACAAAGUGGUGUUUGCAUUUCAUAUCGAACACUUGGUGGCCUACAUUCCCUGUUCCUACAGGAUAUUUCAUUUCACAAAGCUACUCGCCCUCUUCCCAUCACUUGCAUCUUCUGAUCAUCAGCAAAAGCCCAACUUGGUAUGUAGACAAUGGGUACAGUCCAAUCAUUCCUCCUAGAAAUCUCUCUCCAAAUUAUCAAAGAUGUACAGAAAUCAGGCAAUAUGUUUUGCAAUUCCCCAUGCUGUGACUAACUGUAAUAUAAAUGUUCUGUGCACCUUCAAAAUCACCAGGAUGGAAAUAAUUAAAAUAAUUAAGAAUUCAUUAGAAAAGAGGAAAUAGAAGGGCUUGGUGAGUAAGGUCUCUAUUAUUGACGGAUAUCAAAGGACUAGGUUCAUUCAUACAAGCCAUCCUUUUCACAGCAUUAAUUUAGAUCACAGAUUUUUACUAAACCCCCAGAUUUCAAGAACUUUCAAGAUCUUACUUGGCACUCACCCUAAAAACACCUAAAAGAGUGGUGUUCAUCUUUUCUAAUUAACGAUAUUAUUUUUAUCUCGUAGCAUGUGUACCAAAGUUCCCCUUUUUCUCUUUUUUUCUCCACCAAAUUAUGAGGGGGUUUGUGUGUGGUGAGUGGGAUGAAAAAGUCUUUAUGCUGUUUUCAUAAAUAUUGUUUUGACCUGAGGCUGGACCUUGAGAGUGGCCAAAACAUUUUUUUACUUCUAUUCACUGAAGAGUUAAACUGAAUAAAAGAAUAAGCAUUAGCAA